AUGAGAGUGGUUAUCGUUGGUGCCGGGCUCUCAGGCUUGUCUCUGGCGGCUUUUCUUCACCGCCUGAAUGUUGAUUGUGUCGUACUUGAGCAGGCCCCAUUUCUGCGCGCGAAUUAUCAGGCGCCGUUUGCGCUCUUUGCCAAUGCCCUGAGUUGUUACAAGGCAUUUUCAAUGGAUCAUGUGCUCGAUGGAGGCGAUGUUGUCUCAGACGAGAACUUUGGCAUCCGCGACGAACGGCUCAGGUGGAUGCUAAAGGUGCGUAAUCGGACAGUACGGCUAAAGCCUUUGGGAGAGGAGGACCAAAUCCCUCUCAGCACAGCCCCUCCUGCUAAUAGUGAGUCUAUUGUCUCGCGUCGCCUUGCAGAGAAGGCGAAGCAGGAUCUUGGCUGUGUCGCUUUGCGUGCAACUUUUUCAGCAGACUACCUUAGGGGCAUCUUGCGGCAGCACGUUGGGGACAUUCGCUUCAACAGCCGAGUGGUGGAUCUUCUCCCUCAUGACGGCAUUAAGGGAGGCGUCCACGUUGUUCUAGAGGACAACCAGACUGAAUGGGGAGAUGUAGUUGUUGGAGCAGAUGGUGCUCACAGCACGAUCCGCAAGCUUCUUUAUCCGGGUGAGUAUAUUGGUACAAGCAGCCGGUCGCUUGGAAUGACGCAGGUGGAUGGUUUCGUUGAGCUUCGUGAUGAUGACCUCUGGCCAACCGGUAAAUUCCCUGUCGAGGUGUGGGGCAUGCGACGAACACUCUCAUGCGUUCCGCUGCACCGUGACGGGGAGAGGCAGCUCGCAUUUUCCGCAACACUAUACGACCCACCAAUGGAGGUUGUAGACAUCCGCGGCGAGACAGAUGCGAUGGCUGUGCGGGAGGUGUACCGUUGCUUGCUGCGCCGCGAAUUCGCCUCAUUUGGUGACACUGUCGCCAGCAUGCUUGGCCGCGCGGAGGUGGCCGUUCCCGCGGAAGUUGUGGAGGUUCCUAUCAUGCCUCGCUGGUACAACAAACGUGCCGUGGUGAUUGGAGAGGCUGCACAUGGCGCCCUUCCUUCAUUUUUGGCGCAGGACGCCUCGCUGUGUGUUGAGGAUGCUGCUCUGCUCGCCACUUCACUUCUUGACGUCCCGCUGCAUAGCGAUUCAGGGUUUGAGUAUGCCUUUAGGCAGUUUGAGACGGUCCGACGCGAUCGGGUAGAGCGUUAUAUUCGACAAUCGCGCCGGGCCCGUCGUUUGACAGCAUUACCCUAUCCAGCUGUACGGAAUGCGGUGUUGAGCGCGACCCCAUCAACUGCGGUGAUGUGGCUUCAGAGAUGGCUAUCGAAUUGGACGUACAGUUCCCAGCAACUAGAGGUGGACCCGAAGAUAAAGAUGGAGAUUGCGUACAGAAGUUGA